AUGUCCAUAGCCACUCUGGAGGAACUUGUCACUUCGGGUCUGCAUAAGGAAUUUCCGGAGGUGUUUCUCGAAGAUGCACUAAAUUUGUUUCAGAGCGCUUCUCCCUUCGACGAUCUUACCUCAUCUGUCAAAGUAUUUCCCAGCUCUAUUGAUGGAUAUCACACCUCCCUCCUUAUUUUGUCCAAAUAUUCCGAUAAGCUUUUGGCUGUCAUGAGCCAGCUUCAGUCGAUACAGCGGACUUUUGAAUUACUUCAAGACGUAUUUAAACACAGCUUGCCUGAAGAGGGGCCGCAUUUCCAACUAGCAGCUAUCGCCGCCGUCUUCCCGACCAAUAUCAGGACCGCUUUGAAGCCCUUUCUUAAAGCUUAUCUUCUGCUAGAACUACUCGAUUCAGAGCAGUCUAACCCAGCUCAUAACCUAUUUGAAGAACCACCAUCCUGUUCUCUGCAAGAGCAUACCGCACACCUGGAACUUGGCAGGCAUGUAUUUGCAGCAAACGCACGCCUUUCGCUGAAAUUUCUCCUACGCGAUCUUUGGCUGCCUUUUCUGAAGUCCACCUUCUACCACCGGACGACUGACCUUAUAUCAGGCGUUUUCACCGAGUCUUUCGUUCAGCGUCUACAGGAAUAUUUAGAAUUUGUCGUUGUUAAGGGCUGGUUGCGCAAUAUCGGAGUUAAGAUCGAAUCCCCGUCCACUGCUCUACCUCCCAACUUGCUUUUUGAAACUUAUUAUGCUGUUCGAAGGCAAGAACUCUUCUCCAUAAUGAUUGAGUAUCCCGAGUCACAUCCUUGCCUGCUCGACCUGAGACUGUGCUUUCAAAAUGCGAAACUGCUCCAAGACCUGAUUGACGAACUUGGCCACGAAGUACGGACCCGAUUACUACAUCCCGGCGUUCAUACCGAUCAAAUUCUAUUGGGUUAUGGCUGUUUGGUGCGGGCUCUGCGCGUUAUAGACCCAUCAUCUGUUGCACAAGACAUUAUCUGCCAACCAGUAGCAGUCUGCUUGCGAGCACGGGAUGACGCGGUACACUGCAUCGUGGAUCGCCUCAUCUCGCCUCCCGAUGAUACUCAGCAAAGUUCUCAGGCAGUGGGCCUGCAACAGGAACUCCUCCUGCCUACUCCGUUGGAAGUUGAGCCGACUGACGAGCUGCGUGAAGGAGACGCCCACCUGUUCGCCCAUGGUUAG